AUGACUAGAGUUGUGGUGGUUACGACGCCCACGGAGAUUCCCGCAGACAGCAGGGGCAAAAUUCAGAGUCAUAUCGAGGCGUGUUUUGCAGAUUCUGCAGAGCUACAGGUUGCGGUCGAGUUCAUUAAGGGCAAUGUCAAGCGUACUGCUGGCACAUUUGCUUCGAGUCAAGAUGCAGAUAAGCAGUCGAAGGGCCCUCGAAACUCUGGCAGGCACAAUGAGAGAAUGCUUGGGGACUCUGUCAGCUUUGAAGACAGUGACAGUGCCGCAACCCUUGGUCCAGCAAUCAGUCUCGGUGGAUACGAUGGCUGGGUUGUCAACUGGCAUCUAUUCCACGGUAUAGCCAACUGGGAACACCUUCAUGAUCCAUCAAAGGUUCCGCUUCACAGACUGGUCCACCCGGCAUGCAUGGACUGUCGCGAGAACGAAACCCCUUUCCGCAUUGGGGAGUUGCAAGCUUAUUCAGGAAGAAUGUAUAGAACAACUCGCCAAUCGAGAUCUCUGGAGCGUUUCGUGGCAGGUACCCCAGGAGAAUGCAAGCAAAACAUGCAAGUAGUCACGGAUUGGGCUUUUUGCAAAGCCUACCAAGAUGAAGCUCAAAAUUAUCUGCGCUACGCGCCGCCAGGCAUUGAGGUCGAGGAUCUUUCCGAAGCAAUUAAAGGAGUGUUUGAGCAAAACCCUCAAUGGCAAAUCAUCCAGACAACUGGCAGAAGUAGUGGAUUCCGUUACGCUGUGGUAUGCGAAACACCGGCCGAUGUUCGCCAGUAUCCAAAUAUGCCCACAAGGGAAUGGUACUUGCAGAAUCUGGACGGAGUGUUGACGUCCGAAGAGUGGAAUUCCGAGGGCCCUGGUGUGUGUGGUGACUCGGGAGCUGCCGUAGUGCACGAUGAGACGGGAAAACUCCUCGGGCAGAUAUGGGGUCGAAACGUGUACGAUGAUGACCGUCAAACACCUAGGAUAACAUACUUCACACAUCUUUGGGACAUUUUCGACGAUAUCAAGGAGCGAUAUCCCAAUCUGGAAGGCCCAUUCCUCAUCCCCAGGCCGGAAUGCCAUCCCUCGAAUAACACGGAUUUAGUAGACGGAGCUCCCGGCCCUUCGAGAAUGGAAGCCGACGAGAAGACUUUGAAUCCAUCGCGACCGCGGAGCCGGGCAUGUUCGUCCACGGGUGGCGCCGAUGGAGUAGUUGAAUCCUUCUCUCAGUCAACUCUAGCACAGAGUGUAACUAAUUCGAUAGGAUCUGGUGAAGGCGCAAAGAAGACGUAUGUUGAAAAGGCUUUGGAGGGCGAAGUGGGAUGCGGACAACGAGACUCCCAUUCCCGUAACGCUGCUAGAACCUCAGCGGAUGAUGACACAGAUGUACUGGUAAUGCGACGGAGCUCGGCGAUGGUGACCGUUUGA